AUGUUCAUUGAGGAUAACUAUUCACUAGCUAAAGACCGCCUCCGAUCACAGUUUAAUAAAUUAAAAAACAAUACCGAAUUAUUGAAAACAUACGACGAUAUAUUUAAAGAACAAUUGGACAGCGGUAUCAUUGAAAAGACGACAGAAAGCCCUGGUGUUGGGGAAACCCAUUAUCUCCCCCACAGAGCUGUUAUUAAACCUAACAGAAAUACAACGAAAGUACGUAUAGUCUUCGAUUCUAGCGCAAAGCAUAAAGAUAGUCGAUCGCUAAAUGAAUGUUUAUAUACCGGUCCAUCACUGAACACUUCAUUGUUUGGAGUGUUGUUACGAUUUAGAGCGUAUAAUAUCGCAAUAACUGGUGACAUUGAAAAAGCCUUCCAUCAAAUAUCGGUAUCACCUGAAGAUCGUAAUUUACUCCGAUUUAUCUGGUACGACGAUGUGAAUAAUUUUGAUGAUCAAAAGUUUGAAAAUAACGCGCUAGCUGAUUAUAGAUUCUGCCGAGUAGUCUUUGGAGCCACUUGUUCUCCAUUUCUUCUGUCUGCAACUUUGAUUUUUCAUUUACACGGUUAUGUUGAAUGUGAUCCGCAAUUUGUGCAGAAGUUACUUGAAUCUCUGCAUGUUGAUGAUUUGACUGCGGGUGGCGUUAAUGAUUCUGAUGCUUUGUGUUUUUACACGAAGUGUCAGGAGAGGCUCAGUGAAGGAGGGUUUAAUUUGAGAAAGUUUAACUCUAACUCCAAAAUGCUUGAGAACAUCGUCAAUAGUACUCAGGAUGAAACUGAAAUCAAAUUUCAACCCACUAUUAAAGUUUUGGGACUUGAAUGGAACAAACUCUCUGACGAAAUUAAUUUCAAUUUUUCUGACAUGCUGAAGAACAUAAAAUUGCCUACUACGAAGCGAAAUAUCAUGCAUUUUUUAGCUAGUAUCUAUGAUCCACUAGGGAUAAUUAACCCUAUUGUUGUGACAAUUAAAGUAUUGUUCCAAGAUUUGUGUGUUGCAAAAUUUGACUGGGAUCAACCUUCAGAAGGUGAAUUUUACAAAGAUGGAAUGAAAUUUGUACUAGCUUUGACACUGAAACUUUAA